CCUCUUUAUUCCCUCUGCAAUUCCAGCGCGAAUCUGCCGCCGCCUCUCCCCCGACUCGACCUGCGACUGCUUAUCUCGAGCAGGAGGAAGAGGAAGUCGUUUUCCCUUGUUCUCGUAAUCACCCCCUUCUUCCCCUUCGCGCCAGAUUAGUGUGACCCUCCUCCGCUGGGUGACUCGAGCGAAGCCUCUUAUCUUUGAUACUUUCAGCAAUUUCGUUUUUUUGAACUAUCUGUUUCGUGAAUAUUUGAAAGAAUCUUCACUUGUGCGGUUAAACAAUACUAUGUUUUUAAGCAUCUAUUUGUACAUGGAAGUCUCCUUAUCUUUUGAUUCUUUGGCGUUGAAUUUGGACCUUGUUGCUCUUGAAAGUAUUACCCAACGACAAUCUUUCUUAUAAUUUUUGCCAGGUUUUUGUGUUCUUCUAUUGCAAAAAUCUACGUGUUAAAUUCAAGUUUCUGGAAGCUUGAGUUAUGUAUCUCUCAGAGGGCCGGUCGUUGUUGCUUAAGGUUCCAAAGUCAGCAGUGACAUCCGUCCUCACUUUGAAUAUGAUUCCUGAUACUGAAAAAGAGAAGGGCUCAGAUGUUUCAAAACUAAAAGAGGCAGACGUACUGAGGCAUUUAAAGUCAGAGAGGAACAUUGCUGUUGCACUAGAUUUUUUCAGACAUGUGGCAGGGUUAAAUGGAUUUAGACACACUCCCCUCACAUACCAAAUGAUGAUUGAGAAAUUAGGGAGGCAAAAUGCAAUGGAUACUGUUCAAUACCUCCUGCAACAGAUGAAGCUGCAAGGUCUACCCUGCACUGAGGACAUAUUCAUCAGUGUCAUAAGGUCGUAUGCUCAAAGUAGUACAGUAGAACAAGCCUUGAAAACAUUCUACCGCAUUCAAGAUUUUGGUUGCAGACCCACUGUCAGAAUCUACAAUCAUAUUUUGGAUGCAGUUCUGAAGGAUAACAGGAUCAAUUUGAUAAAUCCUAUUUACAGUAAUAUGAAGAAAGAGGGAAUAGAACCCAAUGUCUUCACCUACAACAUUCUUCUCAAAGCUUUAUGCCAAAAUAAUCGAAUAGAUACUGCACGCAAACUUCUCAUCGAGAUGUCAAAGAAGGGGCACUCUCCAGAUGCAGUGAGUUACACCACAAUUGUAUCUUCCCUUUGUAAGUUUGGAAAGUUAGAUGAGGCCAAGGAGUUAGCUAAAAGCUCAGCUUCCUGUGUACCUGCAUAUAAUGCUCUGAUUAACAGUGUAUGUAAGGAGCAUAAUGUUAAAGAGGCACUUUGUUUGGUUGAUGAUAUGAUAACUAGAGGAUUGUGGCCUAAUGAAAUCACUUACACGACAAUUUUGAAUGCUUUGUGUAAUGUAAAGGAAAUGAAGCUGUCUGUUGCUAUUCUAGCUCAAAUGCUAGUUAAAGGAUGUGCCCCUAGUAUUGUUACCUUCACAUCUUUGAUAAAAGGUUUUCUUGAAGAAGGAAACAUCUCAGAAGCUAUAGAUGUUUGGCAUGGAAUGACUCUAGAAGGAUGCAUGCCCAACAUCAUUGCAUACAAUGUCCUUAUUCAUGGCCUUUGCUCUGCUGGAAAUCUUAGAAGAGGUUUAGCUGUAUUUGAUGAGAUGAUUCAAAAUGAUUUCUCUCCUGAUAUUAGAACUUAUAGUUCUCUGAUUAACUCCUUAUCAAAAGUAGGAGACCUUGAAGGUGCAAUGUCAAUAUGGAACACUAUGAUGAACAGUGGUUGUAAGCCUAAUGUAGUCGUAUAUACCUGCAUGGUGGAGGCAUUUUGCAAGAGGUUCAUGUUUGAGCAUGCUAUGAACUUUAUUAAGAAUAUGAUAUUGGAGAACUGUCCUCCUAAUACAGUGACAUAUAAUACUUUAGUUAAAUAUUUAUGCGAUAGUGGAAGAGUAGGGUGGGCCAUGAACAUAAUAGAUGAGAUGAAAAUUCAUGGUUGUCUGCCGAACACCAGAACCUACAAUGAAUUGCUCUGUGGCCUCUGCAAAGAAGGAAGUUUCAGAGAAGUUUUUACACUUAUGGGUGACAUGAUAGCAAAUGGGGCUGAGUUCAAUGUUGUCACUUAUAACACAGUGAUACAUAGCAUCUCACGGAUGGGUAUGAUCAAGGAAGCUUUGCUACUGACUGGAAAGAUGAUUGUCCAUGGCAUAAAACCUGACUCUUUCACUAUUAAUGGAUUGAUUUAUGCUUCCUGUAAGGCUGGCUUAGUUAGAAAUGCUACUCAAUUUUUUGGUCAACUCUAUUCAGGAAAUUAUUACAGGGAUGUAUUUUCCUAUACUACUCUGAUAGCUGGCCUUUGUAAUGAGCAGAGGAUAGAUGAUUCUAUGGUAUAUCUUCAGAAAAUGCUGGAUGAAGGUAUUUUCCCCAAUGUUGUCACUUGGAAUGUACUAGUACGAGGCAUUUAUGUAAACUCAGAUUACUCUGUUAUGAUUAGAGUGAUGAAUGGCAUUCUGAAGUAAGGUGAUCAUUCUAUGAGAGUGGAUGUUUGGAUCUAGGGCUUAUUGUCCUGCUGUUUGCCAGUGAAAAGGAUAAUUUAAGCUUUUCAAUCAACCAAAAAAAUAGGUAAAAAGAGGGUCAUGAAUGCUCUAUUGGUGGUAUAUAAAGAAAAACAUUCUUAGUUUGCUCAUGAAAGGAAGAGUAGGGCAGAUCCUUGGUUGUCACCUCUAAAUGAAAUAAGUUGGCAGUUUGUCUGUCAAGCUUGCCUUUUGGAUUGUUGAUAAUUAACCAAGGUGAUGGCUUGCCUCCUUGAGCACUUGCUAUUGGCUUGGUUGCAUAAUCAGAAGUAUUUAACUGUACAAGAAAUGAUAUGGUAACUUCUAAUGUGAAGAGAACAAAAUAGUUGUAUUUCACCUGAUUAUAUGCUGAAAUAUCAGUCUGUAGCAGAUCUAGCUAUUGCAUUACAAGAUUACCUUCAACAAUUUCUACUGGGAUAGCAUCCAUCCUGAUACCAAAUUUUUUUACGAUGUAUGGGAUAUACCUGGAAUUGUCUUUAUUAGUUUAUAGCUUGAUCUGCUGUUUUUUCGGGGAUGGGUGGGUGGGGGAACCCUUCCUCAUGGCAAAAUCUAGUUCAUUUAGUAAGAGCAUUAAUGUAUCUGGACUGCUCGAGAAUUGGAAAUGUAAUACUCAUCUUAAGAGCAGAGCAUGCCAGCCCAAUUUCAGCAUGUCUAUAAUCAAUUGUGAUGAGAAGAAUGCGCAGUGGUAAUCUGGGUUGCUUCACAUUGAGGGAAGAUUUCACAUUGUUCUUUUGUUACUUGGUUAGCUUGUGUAGAAUCUGGAGACUUCUUACUUUAGAAAAGAUCCAGCAAAGUGAGGCUUACAAGAUCUCACACGUGUUGGCUUUCUCAUGAAGAUGAACCUUUUGAUUAUACAUUCUUCAAGUUUAAGAUUUCUUUAUAUA